AUGAGCCGUUCCGUCGCCGCCGUCGCCCUGCUCGCCGCCCUCGUCGCCGUCUGCCUCGCGGCCGACGACAAGUACUCCGACCGCUUCGACGGCACCGUCAACUUGGACUCCAUCUUGAGCGACGACCAGCAGUUGGCUCAGUACAGAGAUUGCCUGGUGGAUGCCGCCGACGACAAGUGCAAUGAACAGGGCAAGGCACUCAAGCGCAUUCUUGCUGAAGCUCUCCAGAACGAUUGUGCGAAAUGCACUGACAAGCAGAAAUCUGGUGCUGUGAAGGCAAUCAAAUUUUUGAACAAGAACAAGCCUGACAUUUGGCAGCAACUCAGCGGUAAAUUUGAUCCUCAGGGAGCCUUCGCCAAGAAUCACCCUGAUCUCUUUGCUUAAAUGUUGACGUUUGCUCUCGUUUGGAUUAUUUCCGACUCUCUACCAGAAACAUGUUUGGCAUAAUGUAAAAAUAUGAAAUAAAAUAUUUCCUC